AUGUCAGGCACCUCCAAGGAGAGUCUGGGGCCCCGGGGGCUGCCGGUGUUGAGCAAGGCCUGCUUAACCACCAUGGACAAGAAGCUUAACGUGCUGAAUGAGAAGGUUGACAAACUCUUGCAUUUCCAAGAAGACAUCACAGAGAAGCUGCAGUGCGUGUGCCGAGGCAUGGGCCACCUGCAGCAAGGCCUGCACCGGCUGGAGGCCUCCCGAGCGCAGGGCCCAGCUGGGGCCGACAGUGCUCCUCCAGCUGACACCCAUGCUGGGUGGCCCGAGGUCCUGGAGCUGGUAAGGGCCGUGCGGCAGGAUGCCGCCCAGCACGGUGCCAGACUUGAAGCCCUCUUCAGGAUGGUGGUAGCUGUGGACAGGGCCAUCACUUUGGUGGGGGCUGCAUUUCAGAACUCGAAGGUGGUGGAUUUCAUCAUGCAAGGGAGUGUCCCCUGGAGGAAAGGCAGCCUGGCUGAUGGCCCCGAGGAGAACAAAGAGCGAGUGGAAGAGAAGGGAGCAAAACCAAAGCAUGCGCUGAGCACCAGAGGUGUGCAGGCUGAGAUCAGGGGGCCCUGGGAAGGCCACCUGCUGGUGCCCACAGAGGUGGAAAACAAAGCUCCUGAGACAUCCAGUGGGAACCCUGGGACUGACCUGGAGCUGUCUGCGGUAACCGACAGGGUCAGCGAGGCCCCCACUAGCCAGGAGGUUGCACCAAGUGCAGAACAAGGAACACCGUCCAGGAAGCCUGACCCUCUGCCCUCCAAGGAGGGCAUGAGGCUGACUUCAGGGCCCACCUCCCAGACCCCAGGACCUCCAGGGCUGCCAGACCAGGCCAGGGCAGCUUGCAGUGGUGGAGAAACACCUCAAAGGAUCUCCAUCCAUGUACAAGAGAUGGACACUCCCGGGGAGCUUCUAGUGACACGAGGGGGAAGCCUCAGACCCACACCUCCUGCAGGGGCUCCAGCAGCUGCCCAUCCAGGUGAGCAGGACCCACCUGGGACCAGGAGCUGCUCUCAACCCCCUGGGACUGAGUCGAGAGAACAGACCCCCAAAGGAGCCAGAGAGCUUUCCCCACUGCAGAAGAAGGGCGGCGAAGGGAGAGCAAGAGCAGAGGCGAAGCAAGGGCCUGGGGUCGAGCCCGUCAUGGCCAGAAGGGACAAAGGAGGUGAUACUGCUGGCGCCCCAGGCCUGCAGCAGGACAAAGGCCCAGGAGCAGGAAACCCUGGGCUGGGGAAGGACUGUGCAGCCGGGGGCCUGGGGCAAGCUGAAGCAGGAAGGAGGACACCCAUGGGUGCUGAGGCUGGAAGCGUGGUUCUGGAUGACAGUCCAGCCCCGCCAGCCCCUUUCGAUCACCGGGUGGUGAAUGUCAAGGAGACCUCGAUCUCAGCGGGUUACACAGUGUGCCAGCACGAAGUCUUGGGAGGGGGCCGGUUUGGCCAGGUCCACAGGUGCACCGAGAAGUCCACGGGCCUCCCCCUGGCGGCCAAGAUCAUCAAAGUGAAGAGCACCAAGGACCGGGAGGAUGUGAAGAACGAGAUCAACAUCAUGAACCAGCUCGGCCAUGUGAACCUGAUCCAGCUCUAUGACGCCUUUGAGAGCAAAAACAGCUUUACCCUCGUCAUGGAGUUUGUGGAUGGGGGUGAACUCUUUGACCGGAUCACGGAUGAGAAGUACCACCUGACCGAACUGGAUGUGGUCUUGUUCACCAAGCAGAUCUGUGAGGGCGUGCAUUACCUCCACCAGCACUACAUCCUGCACCUGGACCUCAAGCCAGAGAAUAUACUGUGCGUCAAUCAGACAGGACACCAAAUUAAGAUCAUUGACUUCGGGCUGGCCAGAAGGUACAAGCCUCGGGAAAAGCUGAAGGUGAACUUUGGCACUCCAGAGUUCCUGGCUCCAGAAGUCGUCAACUAUGAAUUUGUCUCGUUCCCCACGGACAUGUGGAGUAUGGGUGUCAUUACCUACAUGCUACUCAGUGGUUUGUCCCCAUUUCUAGGGGAAACAGAUGCAGAGACCAUGAAUUUCAUUGUGAACUGUAGCUGGGAUUUCGAUGCUGACACCUUUGAAGGGCUGUCAGAGGAGGCCAAGGACUUUGUUUCCCGUUUGCUGGUGAAAGAAAAAAGCUGCAGAAUGAGUGCCACACAGUGCCUGAAACAUGAGUGGUUAAAUAAUUUGCCUGCUAAAGCUUCAAAAUCCAAAGUUCGUCUCAAAUCCCAACUACUGCUGCAGAAAUACAUGGCUCAGAGAAAAUGGAAGAAACAUUUCUACGUGGUGACUGCUGCCAACAGGUUAAGGAAAUUUCCAACUUCUCCCUAAUCUUCAACUCUGCUGCUUCAAUGGGCCCAGAAAUUAUUGAAGUCGGUGGUGAACUGAUGACUCAAGAUAAUAGAAUAAUCUGGCCUUUUACUAUUAUUCCACUUAUUUUGCAAAAAGGUUAUGGCUGUUGCCUUCCUUGUGGAUGAAAAGUGUCUGUAAAUAAGGUGACCUAAGAAGCUUUUUUUCUGUCUUGUAAGAUCACUAACCUUGAAAUGCUGUCUUUACUUUUCAAGUAUACCUACUUUUGGUGGUAAGUGUAGGCAUGCUUUAGGUAGGUAGGAAAGCUCCUACUUUGCAUCUGCAAAUUUAAAUUCUAAACUUACUCUGAUUAAAGAAUUACAUAGGGGCAUGUUAUUCACUAUUAUCU